UUGUGGACCGGUGCGCCGGUAGGUAGAGACUAGAACCGACGGCGCAGUGCUAUGGAUCCGUUGAACAAUGCAGAGACAGGAGAGACAGAAUCUGAAACGGAGCCGUUGUACGUUCUUAUACCAAAUGACACGCGGUGCAAGAAAAAAGAGCAGGAAAAAUUAUCCGGAGUCGUGAAAAAUGUUCACAGAAAACUGCGAAGAAAAUACCGAGAAGUGGGGGACUUUGAGAAGAUCUGGCAGGAGCACUGUAAGGACGAGCUGACCCUGACUGAGUACGCCCUGGCCAUGAAGAACCUGGCGGACAACCACUGGACCCAGAACCAGGAGGGAGAGGGACGCAUCGAGUGGUGCCGCAGCAUCUGCCAGGAGUAUUUCCUGGAUGGCGGGAUGAAGAGAAUGUUGGAGAAGGAUGAGAAAAGUGCGAGGCUGGCCUUGGCUGUGAGUGCCCCAGCUUUGAGUGCCCAGCCAAUCACCACAGUCCCUAGUUCAAUCCCUCAACUGGGAAAAAUGCAUCUGUUGGAUGUGGGAAGCUGUUUCAACCCAUUCUUGAAGUUUGAUGAGUUCCUCACAGUUGGUAUCGACAUAGUGCCUGCGGUGGAGAGCGUAUACAAGUGUGACUUCCUCAACCUCCAGCUCCAGCAGCCUCUGCAGCUGGCAGGUGACGCGGUGGAGGCCUUCCUGCGUCAGCUGCGCAGCCCCAUCGACGCCCUCCCCGCCCAGCUGUUCCACGUGGUGGUCUUCUCCCUGCUCCUCUCCUACUUCCCCUCGCCCUACCAGCGCUGGAUCUGCUGCAAGAAGGCCCACGAGCUGCUCCAGCUGCACGGCCUCCUGCUCAUCAUUACGCCCGACUCCUCCCACCAGAACCGCCACGCCCUCAUGAUGCGGAGCUGGCGCGUGGCGGUGGAGUCGCUCGGUUUCAAGCGGUACAAGUACGUCAAGUUCUCCCACAUGCACCUCCUGGCCUUCCGGAAGGUGUCCCUGGCCACCAGCAGCGACCUGGUCAGCCGUAACUACCCAGAGAUGCUGUUCAUACCCCAGGACUUCCACUCCAACGAGGACGACGACUACGCGGACGUCCCUGUCCAGGCACGCUCCGACUUUGAAGACGACCAGCUGGCGUGGGGCUUCACAGAGCUGCCUGACACGCCGUAUGACUCGGACUCUGGGGAGAGCCAGAGCAGCUCGGGGCUGUUCCACGAGCUGGAGGACCCCAUUCUGCUGCACAGCUGAACGCUGUCUGGGAGACUAACAUCCUGGCUCUCUCUCUCUUUCUUCCUCUCGCUCUCUCCCUCUCCCCAGCUCUCUCUUCCCUUCUCUCUCUCUCUCUCUCUCUCUGUCAUCUAUCCACCCCCUCAACUGCUGAGCUGCCAAAUUAAUGUGCUGCAUUUUUUUCUCCUCUUAAACCCAAACAAAAUGAUGCAGUUUGCACAGAGUGGAAGAAAGACGUUUACAGAAGUGAGUUAGUUUCUUUUUUUUUAUGUGACAUGAUUACAUUCUUAACACAAAUGCACACACACUUACAUAAUACUUUCUUGUGAUAAACAAAUGUAGGGUUAUUUGAAUAGACUUGUAAGCUGAAUGCCCUGGAGAUAGCUAGCCAGCUCCCUGAUUUCCAUACCGUUUAUCAGUAGGUCAUGCAUAUGACAACAGUAGAAAACUGGUUUAUACUCUGUAUGUUUCAGUAGAUUUGAAGUCUUCAAGUAGUAUACGCUUCAAUACUAGGCCAACAGGCUACUUAGUUUAGAUAAUAACUCAAGUUUAUUCUUGUUCUGUGGAAACAUUGAGAUGGAAUUAGGUUUGCUGGCUUGUCAGUUUAACUCAAUUUUAUCAAAUUAUUGAUGUGCAUUUAGUAAAAAAAAAAAAAAAGUUGCUAAAUGUAAAACAAGAAAAAAAGAAAAGAAAAAAAAAGAGAAAAUUGAACACAGUCGACAAUGCCAUUUUAAUUUGGCAUCUGUGGCUCACUUGUCUUUUUAGAAUAAAUAUAUAUUUGUAGCAUUUUUAGCAUUUAAAAACCAUAGUAAGGUAGGCGUUCACGUUAGAUUUACUGAAGUGGCCCUGUGUCAGUGUUUGUGUGACAGUGUUUGUGGGACAGUGGCCCUGUGACAGUGUGUGUGACAGUGGCCCUGUGUCAGUGGCCCUGUGUCAGUGGCCCUGUGACAGUGGCCCUAUGACAGUGUUUGUGUGACAGUGGCCCUGUGACAGGGCCCUGUGUCAGUGUUUGUGGGACAGUGGCCCUGUGAC